UGAAGAUACCGUGGUUCAAUUAUUUUACGAAAAGUGUCAACGGUUUCUUGCAGAUCGUUUCGUAGAAGGGACCUGUCCUAAAUGUUGCUAUGAGGAUGCGCGAGAAGAUCAAUGCGAUUAUUGUGGCCAACUUCUUAACUCUGUAGAACUUAUAAAUCCACGAUGUAAAACAGAUAAUAGUACACCUAUUACAAGAAAAUUGAAUCACAUGUUUUUAGAUUUAUCCAAAUUACAACCAAACUCAAUCUUGGCUUAA